GCUGGAAUUUGAAAAAGAAUGUAUUCACAUCGCAUAAAGAGAGAACAAUGGAUACCGCUGACUUCAAUUUCUCUCUCCGAAUCUAAUCGAUCAAAUUUACUUCCAACUCCGCCUUCUCUCCACUUCUUUCUCCAUCUUCCUCACUCCUGAUUCAACAAUUUCUCCGUCAUCUGCAGAUUCUGAGGUUUUUCUCCGCGUUUUCUUCCUAGGAAACACAGAUGUCCACUCCAGCAAGAAAGAGGUUGAUGAGAGAUUUCAAACGCCUUUCACAAGACCCUCCUGCUGGGAUCAGUGGUGCUCCUCAAGAUAGUAACAUUAUGCUCUGGAAUGCUGUUAUCUUUGGUCCGGAUGACACCCCUUGGGAUGGAGGCACGUUCAAGUUGACACUUCAGUUCACUGAGGAUUACCCAAAUAAGCCUCCCACGGUUCGCUUUGUAUCUAGGAUGUUCCAUCCAAACAUUUAUGCAGAUGGAAGCAUAUGUCUUGAUAUCUUACAAAACCAAUGGAGCCCUAUCUAUGAUGUUGCUGCUAUCUUGACCUCAAUUCAGUCUUUGCUAUGUGACCCAAACCCAAACUCGCCUGCAAAUUCAGAAGCUGCAAGGAUGUUCAGUGAUAACAAGCGUGAAUACAAUAGGAGAGUACGUGAGAUUGUGGAGCAGAGUUGGACUGCUGAUUAAUCCUGUACUUGGAAUGUACAUCCCAAGAUAGUCCAGUAACCCCAUCUGAAUGUACAUCUGAAAGGGACAGAGAGGGAGGAGGGAUUUGGGAGAGUGGGGGAACAAAAACAUUUUGCCCUUCAACUGUCUUAUUGUAUCAUUAUAUCUGAAGUACUCAGCUUGAUCAGAUUGGGAUACUCGAUUGUUGUGUCAACGUAUGUUGAAUGUAACAUUGCACGUUAUGCGAGUUGUGCCUUAGAUUGCAUUUAAUUGCUCU